AAUAUUCAAAGGCAUGCCUGCUACAGGCAUUUAGGAGAAUACACUCAUAAUUUAUGUCCGAAAGAUAAUCACAAUGUAGCUUUCCUUCAUUUUUGUUUUUAAGGUAGUAUCUGAAUAACACUAUCUAGGCCGUACUGAACGACCUUACAAAUCUUCUGGGUCGUUUGUUUAUUGACCUUCACUUGCAUGAAUGAUUUGUGUUCGUGAAUUGCAGAAACUUAGAGGCAGCAACAGGCGAUUGUGGACUUUAAGUUGGAAUCAUAAAGGAUCUGUCUUGGUUUCCGGUGGGGAAGACAGAAUAAUCAAGUCAUGGGCUAAAUGUGACGAUGAAUCAUGGGUUAACAGUUUCUCUCUUCCUGAGGCACACAAAAGAUCAAUUAGAUGCAUAACAUGGUCGCCAUGUGGUAACUACAUGGCCUCAGCGAGUUUUGAUGGAACAGUAGCCAUCUGGAAAGUUUUCAAAGAGGCUUUAGGGCACGAAAUGGAGGCGCUUGUGACAUUAGAAGGGCAUACUAGCGAAGUCAAGUGUGUUGCUUGGUGCCCAUCCGGUCAUCUGAUAGCAACUUGUGGUCGAGAUAAAAGUGUCUGGUUGUGGGAAUUUGAUGACGAAGAGGAUGUUCAGUGUGUAAGCGUUCUGCAGCCCCAUUCACAGGAUGUGAAAUCAGUAGCCUGGCAUCCAGACGGUGAGGUUCUGGUUUCUACAAGUUAUGACAAUAAGAUAAAUGUGUAUAAAGAGGAACUUGAUGAUUGGGCUGUUUUUAUUCAGCUAACUGGACAUGACUCCACUGUGUGGAAAGCAGAGUUUUCUCCAUCUGGAGAUAUUUUGGCGAGCUGUAGUGAUGAUCGAUGUAUUAAACUUUGGGGAUGGGAAGGAGCUUGCAGUAAAUCAACUUCGUGGGUGUGCAUUGCUACAUUAACUGGUUAUCACAUACGUACAAUUUUCGAUUUAAGCUGGUCAUCAGAUGGUCAACUCUUAGCCAGUUGUGGUUCUGAUAACAGAUUAUGCAUCUAUAAGAUGCCAUCUAGUGGUUUGAUUCAUAUUGGCGGGAAACCGUGUUUAGAAGAACCACCUAUUCUAUGGGGUUAUGUUCCGAAUGCUCAUUCAGAAGACGUAAACUGUGUACGUUGGCAACCUAAGGGUUUCAACAGCAAAAAUCAUAGCGAAGAUACAUCAGACAGUCAACUAAUUUUGACAACAGCCUCUGAUGAUGGAUAUAUCAAGUUUUGGUCCAUCAAGUGUGAUGGAUAAUCCUGUUUCUUUCACGCACCAGACGAUUGUGUUUAUUUGUAAUUGUACUAUUUUAUGAACAAUUAUCUGUACAUAUAAUUUUUACUUUUAUAGUCUUUAAAAUUGAUCUUAUUUUCAUUAUAGAUUCGAUACACAUGGUGAUUUUUACUCUUUUUCUCAUAUAUAUUUUCAGUCUACGUUUAUGAGUCAGUAAAAAUUAAAUCGGAAUGAGUAAACAUUGGUUUUGCUCCGUGUCUAAUAGUAACGAUGAGUAGUCAAAAGAAAGGAGAUAAAGGAGUUUAUAAAAUGUACUAACCAUUUGGAAUUGAUUGCCAGUGCUACUGACAUCAUGUUAUAUGGGCCAUUGAUGACCUUAAAAUAUUGGUUUUGGGAUUUUCAAGAUCAGAUUUGUUUGUUUAUAGCUACGCUUCAUUCGAUCACCUUGAAUCCACAACUUAAAGAGUUCGUUAAUAUCGGAUGCUGACGUUAAGUGGGUUGUGGUAAAUGU